CUUAACGUGUUAUUCCUAUGGGCUUUUGGAAUCGUUAAAGAGAAAAUGAUACUUAUUGGCCUCCUGUCCCUUGUUUGUUUCUCACUGGGAAGUUACAAUCCGGGAUAUUUUCCCGGAGGUCAUGGUGCAUUUUUUGGAGGUGGAUAUUACCCUGGAGGCCCCUCAGUACCGAUCAAUCAACUGAAUAAUGCUAACAAUGGCGAAGGCAAUUAUGCAUAUAGUUAUCAAACUGGAAACGGAAUUUCAGCUCGUGAAUCAGGACGUUAUGUAGGAGGUUUGCCUGAAGGAGGAGCCUCAGUAGCUGAAGGAUCUUACUCAUUUACGGCCCCAGAUGGACAUACUUAUUCUAUAUCAUACACUGCAGAUGAAAAUGGAUUUCAUCCAGUUGGGGCUCAUAUUCCUACCCCUCCGCCCAUUCCGGAGGCAAUAUUAAGAUCAUACAGAGGUUAUCAUUACAAAUAA